AAUGAAUCCAAAUAUUAUAGCAACAAAAGAUCUCAACGUUCCAGAUGAUAUACCUGGAAUUGGACACUUAUAUUUUGAACGCAUGAAACAACAUGCUAAGGAAAAUAAAGUAUUUCAAAUCGACGCCGAUACAGGUGAAAAAAAUACAUAUGCCUCAAUGCUUGAGAGGGCUAUAAGGACAGCAAAGUAUCUUCAAGAAAUUGGAGUUAAAGAAGGAGAUAUAGUGGCUAUGUAUGGCCCACCCCACGAAAAUAGUUGCAUUCCGUUUAUUUCGAGCUUUUUUAUCGGAGCAAUUCCGACCAGUCCCAGUCCAGGUUUAACCGAAGAAGAAACUAAGCAACUGGUCCAAUUAUUAGACAAUCCCAAAGUGUUCUUCACAAUUCCGGAUUGUGUUGAGCUCAUCGAAAAGAUCAUAAAAGACCUUGGCUUGGAGGCAAAGAUUAUUGUUUUCGGAGACUGUGAGAAUUACCCAAACUACUUUAAAAUUAUUGAGACUGAAGGGAACGACGAUGAUUUUAAACCAGUUGAAAUCGAUGAUUUGAAGAAAAUGGCUGUCUUGUAUUAUAGUAGUGGUAGCUCUGGUUUGCCAAAGGCAGUUUCAAUUAACCACUAUGCAAUGAUUGUGCAACUACAACCUAAACCUUUGGAAAAUCCUAAUACAGAAUAUAUGUUAACUUGUGCAAAAAGAAUUGGUAAUAAUUUUACUGUUAUGGCACCUGGUAAUUUCAAUUGGAUUAGUGCUGGAGUAAUUCUAUCCUCAACAAUAAAUCACGGAUGCACCAGAAUAUUAUACAAGGAAUUAAUUUUAGAAAAGUUAUGGGAUAUAAUUGAACAAUUUAAAGUUAAUUUCUUACUUUUGUCUUCUAAUAAUACAUUUUCUCUUUGCAAAUUACCUCCACCUAAGAGUGAUCUCAUACAUUUGACCACUUUAUUAUUAGCUGGAUCCCAUGUUAGUGGUGAAUCUAUUGAAACUUUAAGAAAGUAUUUGCCAAAUUGUCUGGUUUAUCAAGGGUAUUCACAAACGGAAUUCUGCGGAUCAAACACACACUACGACCCUUACGAUAAAGUCCACAUGAAAUAUAUAUUGGAGAAACCUCUUUCUGUAGGUCUCCCUGGGCCUGGUAUAACUUAUAAAAUAGUUGACCCCGACACAAACGAGAUAUUAGGGCCAAAUCAAAAGGGUGAAUUACGUUGCAAGGGACAAACCAUGUUUAAUGGUUAUUACAGGGUGGAUUCCAAAGAACAUUUUGAUGAAGAUGGCUUUUAUAAGACGGGUGAUCUGGCUUAUUAUGACGAAGAUAAGUGCUUUUACAUAGUGGAUAGGAUUAAAGAAAACUUUAAAUACAAAGGUUACCAUAUAUGCCCUACUGAACUAGAAGAUAUAAUUCGUCAACAUCCAGCAGUUAAAGAAGUGGCUGUUAUAGCCAUCUACCAUGAUCUAGAUCAGAACCACCCAGUCGCCAUUGUGGUUCCAAAUGAAAGUGUGAAUGUUACUGCGGAGGAAAUUCGUGAAUUCUAUGACUCCAGGGUUGGGGACACCAAAAAAUUAAGGGGAGGUGUGAGACUGGUUAAUUCUUUACCUAUGACUGUUACAGGCAAAGUAAGGAAACAAGAACUCAGAAGAUUGGUUCAAGAAAAUUUGAUUUAA